GCGCUAAUUGUUCUAGUGAUUAUAUAGUUAAGAAAAAAUAAAGUAUAAUUAAAUCACUGAUUAAGUGAAAAGAAAUAAGUAGAAAAAGGAAAAUGCCGGUGAGUCGGAUUGCGAUCGGAGCGCCGGGGGAGGUGAGCCAAACGGACGCGCUCAAAGCCGCGCUCGCGGAGUUCAUCUCCAUGCUCAUCUUUGUCUUUGCCGGCGAGGGCUCCGGAAUGGCAUUUAGCAAGCUCACCAAUGACGGAUCGGCGACGCCCGCUGGGCUCAUUGCGGCUGCUUUGGCGCAUGCAUUCGCGCUCUUCGUGGCGGUUUCGGUCGGGGCGAACAUUUCCGGCGGCCACGUCAACCCUGCGGUUACGUUCGCUGCGUUCCUCGGCGGCAAUAUAACGCUUCUCCGGGGAAUUCUCUAUUGGAUCGCGCAGUUGCUCGGCUCCGUCGUCGCUUGCUUGCUUCUAAAGUUCGCCACCGGUGGUCUGAACACGGCGGCAUUCGCGCUCUCGGCGAACGUCGGCGCGUGGAACGCGGUGGUGUUCGAGAUCGUGAUGACGUUUGGGCUAGUAUACACCGUCUACGCAACCGCAGUCGAUCCGAAGAGGGGCAACGUGGGUGUGGUUGCACCGAUCGCGAUCGGUUUCAUUGUCGGGGCGAACAUAUUGGCGGGCGGAGCGUUCGACGGCGCGUCGAUGAACCCCGCUGUGUCGUUCGGGCCUGCAGUCGUGAGCUGGACGUGGAGCAACCACUGGGUCUACUGGGUGGGCCCGCUGAUCGGCGCAGCGAUCGCGGCUUUGGUUUACGACGUGAUCUUUAUUGGACGAGACACACACGAGCAGCUCCCAACAAUAGAUUACUAAGAAGAUUCAUUUAAAGUGUUUCUGUUUCUUUUUUUUGCCACUUGGGAGAGGUAGUGUCAAAGUUGUGGGUAAGAAUAGUUGGAAAUGUUGUUCCUAGUGAAGUGUAAUGUUAUUGUUCUUGUUUGUUUCUUCAUUGUUUGGUGUUAAUGAUCGAGUGCAAGAUGUUGUUUAAUGAGUCAAUGUACUUGUAGUUUUUUGAUUGGUAUAUUUGUUGAAUUAAA